AUGGACAAGUUGCAUGCAAAUGGUGUAGGUCUAUCUAAUGUACAAGCAACCAGCAAAGACACCAAGGUUGGCUCAGGUCAAUACCAAACACAAGGAAAUAAUAAGUUUGCUCAGAGACUACAAGCUGGAAGAUUUCGCUGGGUCAAUGAGAAACUCUAUACUAUCAAAGGAUUGGAAGCGUUUCAUAUGUUUAAAAGUGAUCCCAAUCUCUUUGAUAUUUAUCAUUCUGGAUUCCAAACUCAGGUUGAUAAAUGGCCUAUCAAUCCGUUGGAUAACAUCAUCGAUUUCAUCAGAAAUAGAUCCAAAGACUUAAUUAUUGCCGAUUUAGGUUGUGGCGAAGGUCGCUUGGCUCAGUCAGUUCCAAAUAAAGUCUAUUCUAUUGACUUAGCUUCUCGCGCCGACCACAUCAUUGCUUGCGAUAUGGCAAACACGCCGCUAGAGGAUGCUCAUGUGGAUAUGGUCGUCUUUUGUUUGGCUCUUAUGGGCACCAAUUUACUAGAUUAUGUUAAAGAAGCAAAGCGCAUACUUAAACCAGGAGGAAUCCUCCUAAUUGCGGAAGUUCUAAGUAGGAUUGAGCAUGAAGCUAGAUUCGUUCGUUCUUUAUCGAUGUUUGGAUUUAAAUUAAAGGAGAAGCUUGUAUUAUCGAAAAUGUUUAUCCGCUUCCAGUUCGUUGAAGUAUCAAAACAGCUAAAGAAAAGUAAUACUGAAGUAGCUAAUUUAUCCUUAUUGAAACCAUGUGUAUAUAAGAAACGAUAG